AUGAACAUACCCACAAUGAGCCAUAAAGCAUACAAAGCACGUGAACGUGAUGUUGGUCAUUGUGCUGAGACUGUUGCCCAAGAAAGCUGUAGCAAAAUAACUUGUGAAGAAAAAAAAUAUAGCAAAUGUGUUACUCCAGAUGGUUUUGUAGAGAUGGCUUCAUCGUAUGAUAUGGGAUGGCAGAAAAGAGGAAAGUGUCACAACUCCUCAACUGGGCAUGGUGCUGCUAUGGGUUUGGCAAGUGAAAAAGUGAUGGAUUAUGCCACUCGUUGUAAGGUUUUGUGAAGCUGCAAUGGCAAAGGGGAAACAAGCUACAAAGCAUGACUCAUGCAGAAAAACCGCGAAGGCUCUUCGAAAUCCAUGGAAAGUUCUGUUGCAUGUGAAUUAUGGAACAAGGCACCCUUGUCCAACACAAGAUACGCCGUAUAAAUUGGGGAUGACGAUUCAACCAUAUUAAUUGUGUCAAAUGCGUCAAAAUGUGGCCUAUGGUGUUGAGAAAUGGUUCGAUAUAACACAUACAAAAAGAUCGCUAACUACUAGGUUGUACAAUAUCAGUGAACAUAAAUUCAACAACUGCUCUACAUUGUCACUGAAGGUGAUAAACUACCUAACUAAAUAUUUCAGUUACUGCGUCGCUCAAAACAAAGGAAACCAUGUCCGACUAAAAUAAUCACUCAAACAAAUUUUCCCACAUGCAUUUGGCGAUCACACUUCAUGCAAUUUAUCAUGGUGCAAAUUUAAUGAUAACCCGAUAACCUACAGACACAAGGAACUACCACAUGGCAAAGAUCUAUUUGGUGAAAAGUUGAAGGAGGUUUUAACCGAACUGUGUGCAGAGUAUUAUACUGAUACUGUUAUUUCAAAACUUACUCCAUGUGCAAACUCUCAAAGAAACAAAUCGCUGAAUAGUGUGGUUGGCAAGAAGAAUCCCAAAACAAGAUACUAUGGAGGCAGUGAAAGCAGUGACUUUCGUGUAGCAUGUGCAAUUACUCAAGUAAACACUGGCUAUGGUUAUGUUAGCAGCACAUUGCAUGUGGAGAGAUUAAACAUUGAACCAGGUAAAUUUUUUGAGGAUUAUUAAUGUUUCCAAAAUGGACAAAAGUCAACUACAUUAUGCGCUGGAAUAAAGUAAUAUCCCCUUAAUCAAAACACUGAUUUCCUGUGGAUUAAACAUUAACAUCCAAGAAGGUUGAGGCGCCACGCCACUUUCUAUUGCAGUUUUAAACCGUUACAAUGUCAUGUGCGAAUUACUUGUUCAAAAUUUUGCUUCCUUUUCUGGACCGUUGUAUGCCAGUAUCCCGUCUUCUAUGGACAUGGCAGAGAAUAUGGAAUUGACAGAUAUUCUCGAAUUGUUUCAAUAUCAGGAAAAGGAAGAUGAUGAUAUUGACAAGAUAAUCAACGAUGGAAGCAAUUACUGCUCUGAUGUUUCAAUGGAAACAUCGAGUAAUGAUGGAGAUGGUGAUGACACGGUUGGUGUUGUAUUUGACCGCAGUGUGAAUGUACAAUGUCCAACUGCGAUUGUAGGAGAUCAAGGAACUUGUAAGAGUAUUAGGUCAGCAAAACACCGUUCACAAGAGGCAUUUAAAUGGGUAGCAGAAGUACCUGGUGAUCUGCACACGAACGGUUACCUUUGUGAAGCAGCAUACAAGGCUCAAAAGUCAAGUGUGUUUUUGUAUGUCGUUAAUAAGGUGAUGAAAAGCCCAAAAGUCAUUGAUGAAGCUUUUCGGGCAAGAAAAUUUCAGCAACAGAACUUGCAAAGAAUACAAGAAGCUGUAAGAGAUGGUGCUAUGGCAAUUGGUCUCGCUGCAGUUCAGAAUUUCAAAAUUUCAGAAGACUUUCCCAGCAAAGAAGAUUUCGAUGAACAAUUGACUUUGUCCGGUAAUCACAACGAUAUCCUUCCCAAGUCAUUCAAGCAGUGGUUAUCAAAAUGUGCAGAACAGGAUCAGUCAUUCGCGUACACCAUGCAAAUGAUCGAUCUAUUUGCUCCGCUUCUUGAAGGGAUGAAUGACGUGAUUAGGAACGGUCUUGGAACAACAAGGGAGGCAAUUUGGAAGAUUCUGUUGCCCAUAUUUGCACAACUUCAGUUUCGGAACUACUGGACGGAAGCUUUGGUCCAUGUGGUAAACUUUACAGCGGUUUGGCCUAUUGCUUUCAGGGAAAUGAUUAGGCGAAAUUGCUCCAUUAGUCUAUCUGGCAAGGAAGGGCACGAUCUAUCUAUGGAUGAAUUUGUUGAAGAGCAUUUAGUGAAGCCAUUAAAAAGCUAUGUGACAGGUAAAUCUAACUGCUUGUUCAUUUAUUUAAUUUUGGCUUUACUGUUCUUCAUGUACAAUGUCAAUGACAACGUGCAACACUACGUACUAAUGAGUAAUGUAGUUUAUAAGCAAAACUUCGACUUUUCUUUUCACUCAAAACCUCGAAGUUUUGCUUAUAUUUUUCAAGUAGUUGAAAUUCUGCAAAUUGGUUAUAUGUCAUAUCCGGAAACGUUUGUUGAAAAUGAGGCGCCGGAAUGCGCAUUUUUUCAAAAAACGUCUGUUGUAAAUCGGUUCUAAAUUACUUUCCAUUGUACUACCACCUGGUAAAAAUAAAUUCUGUACUUUAAGAAACUUGUUCAAACUAGGUGUUGCUUGUUGAUUUUCUUUCACUUUUUUCUCCACAACGCAUAAUUAAUUGCUCACGUUCUGUUUGUAGCACAUAAUUUAGUUCGUAUUAUUAAAUUAAGGACAUACAAGUGUGAAGAUGUGUGA